GUUGCUAUGCCAUUGGACCCGCGGAAAUCUCUCUCUCCUUUCCUUUCUUCUUCCUUUAUCUUCUCUGCUUCAUCCUUUCUUCUUCUUCUUCUUCCUGAACGGCCAUUGAAGGCCUCACAUUCAAUGCUCUCUCAGUCACACAAACCUCCAUUUAUUGCACCGAUUUCGGUUUCCGUUUCCGUUUCCACCAUGGCACUCGGUUUUUGCUCCGCCGCUUGAUUCUUUCUUCCUCCACCGUUUCCAAUUUGUCUAUAACCACUUCUGCCCUAGCGGGGAGGAUUGCGUUGAAUCAAGUGAUGUCUGUGGUAUUAGCAAGAACAGGGCGACAUCGUCAGCGAUACGACGAUCAUUUUCGUCUCGUUUCAGGAUGCAUUCCUUAUAGACUGAUAGAGGACAGUGAUGAAGUUAAUGAACAGUGCAACAUCGAGAACAAGAUUGAAGUUCUCAUGGUUUCUUCCCCGAAUCGUGAUGACCUUGUGUUUCCGAAGGGGGGAUGGGAGGAUGAUGAGACCAUCCUGGAAGCAGCUUGUCGUGAAGCCGUGGAAGAAGCCGGAGUGAGAGGAAAGCUUAAUGAGAAUCCUCUCGGAGUUUGGGAGUUUAGAAGCAAAAGCAAUCAGGACAUAUGCAGCAUGGAGGGAGCAUGCAGAGGAUACAUGUUCGCUUUAGAAGUUACCGAAGAGCUCGAGUCAUGGCCAGAGCAAGGAAACCGCCAUAGGAUAUGGCUCAAUGUUAAAGAGGCAUUCAGACUGUGCCGGUACGAAUGGAUGCGCAUGGCACUCGAAGUGUUUCUCCGAGUACUGGCAGGGGACGAAAAUGGCGAAACUAGGCAAGAGACAGCAUCAACAGCAGCAGCAGCAGAGACAAGCCCAGUAACAGUUUCAAAUGUGGUUGAUUGUGCAUUGAUAUCAUCCAACUGCUGUGGAAGGCCGCCUCCUUUCAGUCAGCAGCACGGCAGUAGGAGUCAUUCAGCAGGCAUAGAGGGCAUCUCAAGGGGCUGCAGAUUAGGCAUUACAUUAACCGAAUGAUGAAAAGAUGUGCAGUGGAUUGGUGUAAUAUGCAGCAGGAAGUGGUUCAACUUUGAGAAAGAACAAAGUAUGAAGUGAAAGAGGAGGUAGGCUUCUUUCUUUUUUGCUUGUUUUUUUUGGGUUGUUUUUGUUGGAUGCUGGAUGUUUGUACGUAGAAGGAAGCAACUGUAGUGGUUGCUUUGUUGUUGUAGCUGUGUUAAUAAGAUAGUGAAUUGAUGCCUUACUGACUCAUGCCGAUGGCGUUUGGGCAGUGGUUGUAAUGCUCUGCUGCUGCUGCUCUUAAUGAACAACAUGCUUUAACUGUUGUGUUUA